CCAGACAUCUUCCGUCCACACAACUUCAACUGACGCAUCUCCUUUGCGACUUUCCUUGACCGCCCGCCGCCGCCGCGGCGCUAGUCCUCCUCGCCUUGCCGUCGACCGCGCCGCGAGUGUCUUCCUCCAAGCCUCGCCUUCGACCGCUAGUGUCUCCACCCCUCGCCUCCAGUGUCUCCCUCCCUCCUUGCCGCCGCCGCCAAGGUCUCCAUCACUCGCCGCUGCCAGUGUCUCGACCGCCAUCUUCCCCCACCUGACCUCCUCUUCUUCUCAAGGUGUUUCUAAAAUGAAUCCAUUCGAAAAUCGAGUUGAUGUUUUUUUGGGAGAGUAAAUAGAAGCCCAAACAAUACCGAGGCACUUUCCCUCUCGCUCCCAACAUGAAGAACAACACUCCCGCCGCCGCCGCAGCAGCAUCCCCCCUUGUUAUAAUCAUCACCACCGUUGUGAUGGCGACACUUGCCGCGGAAGCCGCCGCAGCCGGAGACAAGGAGCGGGCUGAUGCUUUGAAAGCAAUCAAUGACGCACUAUCCGCAACCAAUUCCGCACUGAAAGCCAUCACCCCCCUGAAAGGCACCGCAAAGGCCCUAGCUGAUUGCGCCGACACCCUCGGCGACGCCGUAACGCGCAUGUCCGCCUCGAGCGGGAAGCUGCGCGUGAAGAGCGACGCCCAGACGUGGAUGAGCGCCGCCGUGACGGACUUCACCACUUGUAAUGACGGAUUAAAGGGCGCGAAUGUUAGUAGCGCCGUUUCCAGAUGGAUCGCGACGGCUUCCACUUGGUGCCUUGGCGUUGAAGAAGCAGUUCCCUUCUUGCCCUUCCAAUGCAUUGGAUAUUCUUGCGUCGGAAGUCCAUCCUCAUUCAACAUAUGUUCAUCACCUUCCACAAACCAAAACCAAAAUUAAAUCACACAAAUAUUUAUAUAGUAAUAAUUAAUAAUGAUAACAAUUAAAGGGUAUUGCUAAAUUCAUUCCAAAAAGGGUUAUAUCCACACUUUUUUAUUAUUGUAUUAGAGUAACAAUUUAAUCAAAUCAUUUUGCAACAGACAACAAAUAGCUUAAUGAAACUGUUGGAGAAGG